GCCGCCCCUUCCCGACCGCCCCUCCGGGCGCAGGUCCCGGCUUCAGCCGCACCUCCUCCGGCUCUGCAGUGGCGGCAAGGAGGCGAGCCGGAGCGUCUGCCGGGUCGGGCCUGAGUCGAGCCGGGGUCGGGGCAGCCUCGAGGACCCCCCCGGGAGGCGGAGCCUGUGGGACCGCGAUGGGCGUAGAGAUCGAGACCAUCUCCCCUGGAGACGGAAGGACAUUCCCCAAGAAGGGCCAGACAUGCGUGGUACACUACACAGGAAUGCUCCAAAAUGGCAAGAAAUUCGAUUCAUCCAGAGACAGAAACAAGCCUUUCAAGUUCAGAAUUGGCAAACAGGAAGUCAUCAAAGGUUUUGAAGAGGGUGCUGCUCAGCUGGGUCCUCUUUCUCCUCUCCCCAUCUGCCCCCAUCCCUGCUAGAUGAGCUUGGGGCAGAGGGCGAAGCUGACCUGUACCCCUGAUGUGGCAUAUGGAGCUACAGGCCACCCUGGUGUCAUCCCUCCCAAUGCCACCCUCAUCUUUGACGUGGAGCUGCUCAACUUAGAGUGAAGGCAGGAAGUAAUGGGAGGUGGCUUGGAGACAGCUGCUGCUCACCCUCCUAGCCUGUUCUGCCACUGGGACAGCCCCUUUGUGUGGGGCUCUUGAUCAGUGUGCUGGCCUCACUGCCCCAAGGCAUUAUCCAUUCUCUCUGUCCUCUGUAUGUGUCUGUCAUUUAAUUGUUCCUGCAUAUCUUUGCUUGAGGAAACUUCAGUUAGAGAUCAGAACAUUUCAGGUUUUAUAUUUUGUGUGAUGCAUGUAGUAGCCAUUCCUGAUCAUAGAACACAGAUUUCUUGUUUGCACAAUCUCUACUGCCUUACCUUAAGUUAGACACACAAGGUGCUCAGACAUGCUCUGUACAUAGUUACACAGAGGGACUUGAGCCAGUUAUGUUUGCUGUCACUUUCUUAUAUUCUGUUGGCUGCUCACUGAUAAAAACAAUGCCCUUUGGAAAUAUGUAAAAUAAAGACUCUGUGCUAGA